UCACCCCGCCCCACCGGCUGGGGCCUCCACAGUUUCCAUAGCGACGACGUUGUUUCCACCCGCCCUUCUCCAACUAAGCGUCUGAGAGCCGCUGGCUUUCGGGAGGUUUCGCCCUCGUUGUCCCCUUCCUUUCACCUGAGGACAGGCUCAGACUGUCUCGUCUGCGCAGCGGGAUAGUAGUGAGAAACAAUCAGAGUACAGAGCCUUUUAAUCUUUAGGGGAUCAAGAUGUCAGAUCCAAACAAAGCUGCCAUUGCAGCAGAAAAGGAAGCUCUGAACUUGAAGUUACCCCCCAUUGUCCAUUUCCCAGAAAACACAGGCGCUGAUACGCCAACACAAAGUAAACUGCUAAAAUACAGAAGAUCCAAGGAGCAGCAGAAGAAAAUCAAUCAGUUAGUAAUUGAUGAAGCCAAAAGAAAUUUAGACAGAACACUGGGUAAAAGAACACCUGUAUUACCAGCCCCUGAUUAUCCUCAAACUAUGAACAGUGAAAUGAAAAAAAAAGGAUUCAACUAUAUUUAUAUGAAACAAUGUGUAGAAAGUAGUCCUAUAGUACCUAUUCAGCAGGAAUGGCUGGAUCACAUGUUAAGGCUGAUACCUGAGUCUUUAAAGGAAGGGAAAGAAAGAGAAGAGCUCCUUGAAAGUCUGAUAAAUGAGGUAUCAAGUGACUUUGAAAACAGCAUGAAGAGAUAUUUGGGUAAAGGCCUAGAUUAUUCUAAUCCUUGGCAUUCUAGCUAUGUGCAGGCAAGAAAUCAAAUAUUAUCUAAUUUGUACAUUGUUCAUCCAACUAUGAAAACGCUACUGGACCUUGGUUAUACAACAUUUGAUGGUAUAAUUUUGUUGGACUUCACAGGAAUUAGAGCUAAAGGUCCAAUUGAUUGUGAAUCACUGAAAACUGAUCUAUCAAUAGAAGCUAGAAAAGCAGAAGAGAAGAUAAUGAAUACAUGGUAUCCAAAGGUUAUAAACAUCUUUACCAAGAAGGAGGCACUAGAAGGUAUUAAACCUGAAAAGUUGGAUGCAUUUUAUAGCUGUGUUUCCACACUUAUGUCAAAUCAGCUAAAGGAUUUCUUAAGGAAAACUAUAGAAGAAUUUGUAAAACUCUUUGACCCAAAAGAUCAACAAAGGCUGCCAAUAUUUAAGAUGGAAUUGACAUUUGAUGAUGACAAAAUGGAAUUUUAUCCUACCUUUCAAGAUUUGGAAGAUAUUGUUUUGAGUUUGGUAGAACGAAUAGCUGAAGCUCUGCAGAAUGUCCAAACAAUCCCCUCUUGGCUAUCAGGAACUUCAACACCAGUAAAUCUUGACACAGCACUUCCUGAACACGUGUUACACUGGGCUGUUAAUACACUGAAGGCAGCAGUGCAUCGGAACUUAGAAGGUGCAAGAAAACAUUAUGAGACAUACGUUGAAAAAUAUAAUUGGCUCCUUGAUGGGACAGCAGUUGAGAAUAUAGAGACUUUUCAGACAGAAGAUCAUACUUUUGAUGAAUAUACAGAGUUUAUAGAAAAAUUUUUCAGUCUUGCCUCAGAAAUAAUGCUUUUGCCUCAGUGGAUUCAUUACCCUAUGGUGCGUUUGGAUUGUGAAGAUUUGAAGACAGGCCUGACAAAUAAAGCAAAAGCCUUUGCAAACAUAUUAUUAAAUGAUAUAGCUUCAAAAUAUAGAAAAGAAAAUGAAUGUAACAGGGAAACUGACACGGUAGAACUGGCUGAACUGGGACCCCUGCUAGCAGAGAAGGGCAAACGGGUAAUCUCCAACCCUACCAAAGCUGAAGGAGAGCAAACAUGCCCAGUGCCCCAGGAAGAAGAGGAGGAGGUGCGAGUACUGUCACUUCCUCAGCAAGCCCACCACGCCAUGGAGAAGAUGGAGGAGUUUGUGUACAAGGUCUGGGAAGGACGUUGGAGGGUCAUCCCAUAUGAUGUGCUCCCUGACUGCCUAAAGGACCAUGACUAUCUGCUACAUGGCCAUAGACCACCCAUGCCCUCUUUUCGGGCUUGCUUCAAGAGUAUCUUCCGCAUCCAUACAGAAACUGGCAACAUCUGGACCCAUCUGCUUUGUUUUGUGCUGUUUCUCUUUUUGGGAAUCUUGACCAUGCUCAGACCAAAUACAUACUUCAUGGCCCCUCUACAGAAGAAGGUGGUUUUUGGGAUGUUCUUCUUGGGUGCAGUGCUCUGCCUCAGCUUCUCCUGGCUAUUUCACACUGUUUAUUGUCAUUCAGAGAAAGUCUCUCGGACUUUUUCCAAACUCGACUAUUCUGGGAUUGCUCUUCUUAUUAUGGGGAGCUUUGUCCCCUGGCUCUAUUAUUCCUUCUACUGCUCCCCACAGCCAUGGCUCAUCUACCUCUCCAUCGUCUGCAUCUUGGGCAUUUCUGCCAUCAUUGUGGCACAGUGGGACCGGUUUGGCACUCCUAAGCACCGGCAGACAACAGCAGGGGUAUUCCUGGGACUUGGCUUGAGUGGUGUCGUGCCCACCAUGCACUUUACUAUCGCUGAGGGCUUUGUCAAGGCCACCACAGUGGGCUAUAUGGGCUGGUUCUUCCUCAUGGCUGUAAUGUACAUCACCGGAGCUGGCCUUUAUGCUGCUCGAAUUCCUGAGCGCUUCUUUCCUGGAAAAUUUGACAUAUGGUUUCAGUCUCAUCAGAUUUCCCGUGUCCUGGUGGUGGCAGCAGCCUUUGUCCACUUCUAUGGGGAAUCUAAACGCCAAAUGAGUUACUUUUUAGAUGUUUUUCUAUUUCCUCAAGAAGACUUAGCUUUAAAUGCAACUGUUCUCAUGUGGCCUAAGAAAAUUAAUCCCAUUUUUGAUGAAAAUGAUGAGCUAAUUGAGAAUGCUAAACACAAAAAAGAAAAUGAACUAAUGGCCAAGAGAGAGAAACUUAUUUUGGAAAUAGAAAAGGAAUCACGCCACAUGGAAGAGUUUACAGAAUUUGCAGAGCUGGAACGCAUGCAACAGUAUGUGACAGAUGUAAGACAACUACAAAAACGUAUUCAGGAAUCUGAAGAAGCAGUACAGUUUAUUAAUAAAGAAGAGGAACUUUUCAAGUGGGAAUUGACAAAAUAUCCUGAACUGGAUAAAUUAAAAGUUAACAUUGAGCCCUAUCAGAAGUUUUUUAAUUUUGUUCUGAAGUGGCAACGAUCAGAAAAACGGUGGAUGGAUGGAGGGUUUUUGGACCUCAAUGGGGAAAGCAUGGAGGCUGAUGUGGAAGAGUUUUCCCGAGAAAUUUUUAAGACACUAAAAUUUUUCCAACUGAAGCUAAAGAAAGAAUUACAAGAAAAAAGAAAGGCAGCAAGAAAACGGUCUCUGGAAGAAGAGAAAAUUGAAGAAGAACCCAAAGAGAAUCCUACUAUUACUAUGUGCAGUACCAUCAUGGAACAGAUAAAAGCUUUUAAGGAAUAUAUUCCUACUGUCUCCAUUCUGUGCAAUCCAGGAAUGAGACCUCGUCAUUGGAAACAGAUGUCAGAUAUUGUAGGCUAUGACUUGACUCCAGACUCUGGUACUACACUGAGAAAAGUUUUAAAAUUAAACCUUACCCCAUACUUGGAACAAUUCGAAGUGAUAAGUGCAGGUGCAAGCAAGGAAUUUUCAUUAGAGAAAGCCAUGCUUACAAUGAUGGGAACUUGGGAUGAUAUUGCUUUUCAUAUAAGUCUUUAUCGUGACACUGGAGUCUGUAUUCUUUCUUCAGUGGAUGAGAUUCAGGCUCUCCUUGAUGAUCAAAUUAUAAAAACUCAGACAAUGAGAGGCUCACCUUUCAUCAAACCAUUUGAAAAUGAGAUCAAGGCCUGGGAGGACCGUUUGAUUCGAAUACAAGAAACAAUUGAUGAAUGGUUAAAAGUACAAGCUCAAUGGCUUUACUUAGAGCCUAUCUUUUGUUCUGAGGAUAUCAUGCAACAGAUGCCAGAAGAAGGGCGUCAAUUUCAGACAGUAGACAGAUAUUGGAGGGAUAUCAUGAAGUUUUGUGCAAAGGAUCCAAAGGUUCUUGCUGCCACUUCUUUAACAGGUUUGUUGGAAAAACUGCAGAACUGCAAUGAACUUUUGGAGAAAAUUAUGAAAGGUCUUAAUGCAUAUCUUGAAAAGAAACGUCUUUUCUUCCCUCGUUUUUUCUUCUUAUCUAAUGAUGAAAUGUUAGAGAUUUUAUCAGAGACCAAAGAUCCACUUAGAGUUCAGCCGCAUUUAAAAAAAUGCUUUGAGGGCAUUGCUAAAUUGGAGUUCCUUCCCAAUUUGGACAUUAAAGCCAUGUAUAGUUCUGAGGGCGAGCGAGUGGAGUUGAUAGCACUCAUUUCCACGUCUGCAGCUCGGGGUGCUGUGGAAAAGUGGCUCAUUCAGGUGGAAGAUUUAAUGCUCCGGAGUAUUCACGAUGUGAUCGCUGCAGCCAGGCUGGGAUUAAAGAAGUACUAUAAGGAACUUCAGAACCAACUGAAUGAUAUUGUAGAGCUGGUAAGAGGAAAACUGUCUAAGCAGACCAGGACCACUCUGGGGGCUUUGGUUACUAUUGAUGUCCAUGCUAGAGAUGUGGUUAUGGACAUGAUUGAAAUGGGUGUCUCACAUGAUACAGAUUUCCAGUGGCUUGCUCAGCUCCGGUAUUACUGGGAAAAUGAGAACGCCCGAGUUCGUAUCAUUAAUUGCAAUGUAAAAUAUGCUUAUGAAUAUCUUGGUAACUCACCUCGACUUGUCAUUACUCCUCUAACUGACAGGUGUUACAGAACACUGAUAGGUGCUUUCUAUUUAAACCUUGGAGGUGCUCCAGAGGGGCCAGCAGGCACAGGAAAAACUGAAACCACCAAAGAUUUGGCUAAAGCUCUUGCUGUGCAGUGUGUGGUGUUCAACUGUUCUGAUGGGCUAGAUUAUCUAGCAAUGGGAAAGUUUUUUAAAGGAUUGGCUUCUUCUGGAGCUUGGGCUUGCUUUGAUGAAUUCAAUCGAAUUGAGUUGGAAGUGUUGUCAGUGGUAGCUCAACAGAUCCUUUGCAUUCAGAGAGCCAUUCAACAGAAGUUGGAAGUGUUUGUUUUUGAAGGGACAGAACUUAAGCUCAAUCCAAAUUGUUUUGUAGCAAUUACCAUGAAUCCUGGCUAUGCAGGACGCUCUGAAUUGCCGGACAAUCUUAAGGUUCUUUUUAGAACAGUGGCUAUGAUGGUUCCAAACUAUGCCCUUAUAGCAGAAAUCUCCCUCUACUCCUACGGAUUUUUGAAUGCAAAACCUCUGUCUGUGAAGAUAGUGAUGACCUAUAGGCUUUGCUCAGAGCAGCUCUCAUCACAAUUUCAUUAUGACUAUGGAAUGCGAGCAGUAAAAGCAGUUUUAGUGGCUGCUGGCAAUCUAAAACUAAAAUAUCCAAAUGAAAAUGAAGAUAUACUUCUUCUUCGAUCAAUUAAAGAUGUAAAUGAACCAAAGUUCUUAUCACAUGAUAUACCUUUAUUUAAUGGAAUAACUAGUGACUUAUUUCCUGGUAUUAAACUUCCUGAAGCUGACUAUCAUGAAUUUUUAGAAUGUGCUCAUGAAGCCUGCAAUGCACAUAAUCUUCAGCCUGUUAAAUUUUUUCUUGAAAAAAUAAUUCAAACAUAUGAAAUGAUGAUUGUUAGACAUGGUUUUAUGUUAGUAGGAGAGCCUUUUGCUGCUAAGACAAAAGUUCUGCACGUGCUGGCAGAUACGCUAACUUUAAUGAAUGAACAUGGCUAUGGAGAGGAAGAAAAGGUCAUUUAUAGAACUGUAAACCCCAAAUCUAUUACCAUGGGCCAACUUUUUGGACAGUUUGACCCAGUGUCUCAUGAGUGGACUGAUGGUAUUGUGGCUAACACUUUUAGAGAAUUUGCCUUGUCAGAAACACCUGACCGGAAAUGGGUUGUAUUUGAUGGUCCUAUUGACACUUUGUGGAUAGAAAGCAUGAACACAGUAUUGGAUGAUAAUAAAAAGCUUUGCCUUAUGAGUGGAGAAAUCAUUCAGAUGUCCCCCCAGAUGAGCCUCAUCUUUGAAACAAUGGACCUUUCCCAGGCAUCUCCCGCCACUGUAAGCCGUUGUGGUAUGAUUUAUUUGGAGCCCUCACAGUUAGGAUGGGAACCACUUGUGUCUUCUUGGUUGAAUUCACUGAAAGGACCUCUAUCUGAACCAGAACAUCAGGCUCUUCUAAGAGGACUUUUUGCCUGGUUAAUACCACCCUCGUUAAAGCAUCGUAAGAAAAAAUGCAAGGAACUGAUUCCUACAAGCAACAGCAAUGUGGUUGUAUCUCUCACACGCCUCUUUGAAGUACUGCUUUGUAAUGUGGUAGAAGAUGAUCCUUUUAGCAGGCACAUUCGUAUUUGGAUUAUGGCUUGCUUUAUAUUCUCUUUGAUUUGGUCUAUUGGAGGAAGUUGUGAUACAGAUGGCCGUCAUGUUUUUGAUGCUUUUAUACGAUUAAUCAUACUGGGAAAAGAUGAAGAAAACCCAGUGCCAGACUCUGUGGGUAAAUGGGAAUGCCCAUUUGAUGAAAAAGGCCUGGUCUAUGACUACAUGUAUGAGUUGAAAAACAGAGGUCGCUGGCUCCACUGGAAUGAAUUAAUUAAAAAUACUAAUUUAGGAGAUAAACAAACCAAGAUUCAAGACAUCAUAGUCCCUACGAUGGAUACAAUUAGAUACACAUUUCUAAUGGAUUUGAGUAUUACCUAUGCAAAGCCACUGCUUUUUGUGGGUCCAACGGGUACAGGAAAGUCUGUGUAUGUGAAGGACAAGCUAAUGAAUCACUUGGAAAAGGACCGGUACUUUCCUUUUUAUGUUAACUUUUCUGCACGGACCAGUGCCAAUCAGGUUCAGAACAUUAUCAUGGCUAGAUUGGAUAAAAGACGCAAAGGAGUCUUUGGACCACCUAUGGGAAAGAAGUGUAUAAUUUUUAUAGAUGAUAUGAAUAUGCCUGCAUUGGAGAAAUAUGGAGCUCAGCCUCCUAUUGAAUUAUUACGACAAUUUUUUGACUGUGGACAUUGGUACGACCUCAAGGACACAAGUAAAAUCACGCUGGUGGACAUAGAGCUGAUUGCUGCAAUGGGCCCUCCAGGUGGUGGAAGAAAUCCAGUUCCUCCCCGUUUUAUUCGACAUUUCAACGUCUGCAGUAUUAAUUCUUUCAGUGAUGAAACGAUGGUCCGAAUCUUCUCGUCUAUUGUAGCAUUCUACCUUAGAACUCGUGAAUUUCCUCCAGAGUACUUUGUAAUUGGGAACCAGAUAGUAAAUGGGACUAUGGAGAUAUAUAAACAAUCCAUGGAAAAUCUUUUACCCACUCCCACUAAAUCCCAUUAUACUUUCAACUUGCGUGAUUUUUCACGUGUCAUCCGCGGCUGUUUACUCAUCGAAAGAGACUCUGUGCAGAGCAAACACACUAUGAUCCGUCUGUUUGUCCAUGAGGUUCUCCGAGUGUUUUACGACCGCCUGAUUAAUGAUGAUGAUCGAAGAUGGCUGUUCCAGUUAACUAAAACUGUUAUAAAGGACCAUUUUAAAGAAUCAUUUGACAGUAUCUUUUCACAUUUGAGGAAACAAAAUGCACCAGUAACUGAAGAAGACUUAAGAAAUCUCAUGUUUGGUGAUUAUAUGAAUCCUGACCUUGAAGGAGAUGAGAGACUUUAUAUUGAAAUUCCAAAUAUUCAUCAUUUUAAUGAUGUUGUGGACCAGUGCUUAGAUGAGUAUAAUCAAACUCACAAAACAAGAAUGAAUCUUGUCAUUUUUAGGUAUGUUUUGGAACAUUUAUCAAGAAUAUGUCGAGUUCUAAAGCAGUCUGGUGGAAAUGCUUUGCUGGUUGGACUUGGAGGAAGUGGUCGUCAAUCUUUAACUCGUCUGGCUACAUCCAUGGCAAAAAUGCAUAUUUUCCAACCAGAAAUUUCUAAGAGCUAUGGUACGAAUGAAUGGAGAGAGGAUAUGAAGGGUCUGUUAAGGAAUGUGGGCAUGAAGGGCCAGAAGACCGUCUUCCUCAUCACAGACACUCAGAUUAAAGAGGAAGCUUUUCUAGAGGACAUUGACAGUGUGCUCAAUACAGGAGAAGUGCCUAACAUUUUUGCAGCAGAUGAGAAACAAGAAGUGAUGGAGGGUGUUCGCCCAGUAGCUCAAGCUGGCAAUAAACAUGAUGAACUCAGUCCCUUAGCCCUGUUUGCUUUCUUUGUGAAUCGCUGCAAAGAUAAUCUUCAUGUCGUGGUGGCCUUUAGCCCCAUUGGAGAUGCCUUUCGAAAUCGGUUGAGACAGUUUCCAUCCCUCAUCAACUGCUGUACCAUUGAUUGGUUUCAGCCAUGGCCUGAAGAUGCUCUUGAACGUGUAGCUGUGAAAUUCUUAGAAACACUGGAGCUUACUGAGGUUCAGCGACAAGAGAUAGUUCCGAUCUGUAAACACUUCCACACCUCCAUUAUGAAUCUUUCAGAAAGGUUCUUGCAAGAGUUAGGACGACAUAACUAUGUUACUGCUACUUCUUAUCUUGAACUCAUUGGCUCAUUUCGACAGCUUUUGACAAAGAAGCGACAAGCUGUCAUGGAAGCAAAACAACGAUACGUGAAUGGGCUUGACAAAUUAGCUUUUGCCGAGUCUCAGGUUGGUGAAAUGCAAAUGGAGCUUGUUGAAUUACAGCCCAAAUUGGAAGAAGCUAAAAUUGAAAAUGCAAAUAUGAUGCAGAUUAUUGAGAUAGAGUCUGUACAAGUGGAAGCGAAAAGACAAUUUGUGAAACUGGAUGAAGAGGUAGCCAGUGGGAAAGCUGAAGAAGCCCACGCUCUGAAAAACGAGUGUGAAAGUGACCUGGCUGAGGCCAUUCCAGCCUUGGAAGCAGCUCUGUCUGCACUGGAUACACUUAAGCCAGCUGACAUUACAAUUGUGAAAUCAAUGAAGAAUCCUCCAUCUGGUGUUAAACUAGUUAUGGCUGCUGUUUGUGUCAUGAAAGAUAUAAAACCAGAAAAAAUUUCAGAUCCUUCAGGGACUGGAGGCAAGAUAUUAGAUUACUGGGCACCAAGCAAAAAACUGCUGGGAGAUAUGAAUUUUUUAAGAGAUUUGAAAGAAUAUGACAAGGACAACAUUCCAGUGACUGUUAUGCAGAAGAUUCGUAGUGAAUACUUAACGAACCCUGAAUUUGAUCCCCCUAAGGUUGCUAAAGCUUCUUCUGCAGCUGAGGGUCUGUGUAAGUGGAUCAUGGCAAUGGAAGUGUACGACAGAGUUGCAAAGGUAGUGGCUCCUAAGAAAGCUCGCUUAUCAGAAGCUCAGAAGUCUUUAGCCGAGACAAUGGAGCUUUUGAAUCAGAAAAGAGCAGAAUUGGCAGAAGUAGAACAUCAUUUGGAAAAUUUACAAAUGACAUUUCUUGAGAAAACAGAGGAAAAGGCUGCUUUAGAAGACCAGGUGGAACUCUGUGCUAAGAAACUUGAAAGAGCCUCACAAUUAAUUGGAGGACUGGGUGGAGAAAAAUCAAGAUGGGCUCAAGCUGCAGAUGACCUUCAGAUAACAUAUGAAAAUUUAAUUGGCGAUGUCUUAGUAUCAGCAGGAGUAAUAGCCUACCUUGGUGCUUUCACUUCUGGCUUUCGACAAACAUGUACAAAAGAUUGGAGCAUGUUGUGCAAGAAGAAAAAAAUCCCAUGUUCAGAGGAGUUCUUGUUGAGUAAAACCCUGGGUGAUCCCGUAAAAAUUAGAGCUUGGAAUAUUGCUGGAUUACCAACAGAUACAUUUUCCGUAGAUAACGGAGUGAUCGUUAACAACUCUAGGCGUUGGCCUUUAAUGAUUGACCCCCAGGGUCAAGCCAAUAAGUGGAUCAAAAACUCUGAGAAAGAAAAUCAGCUUAGUGUUAUUAAGCUGUCAGAUUCAGACUAUAUGAGAAUAUUGGAAAACUGUAUUCAGUUUGGAAAUCCACUUCUAUUAGAAAAUGUUGGUGAAGAACUGGAUCCAUCUUUGGAGCCUUUACUGCUUAGACAAACUUUCAAACAAGGUGGCAUUGAUUGCAUCAGACUUGGUGAGGUCAUUAUUGAGUAUUCCUUUGAUUUCAAAUUUUACAUCACCACAAAACUGAGAAAUCCACACUAUAUGCCAGAGGUGGCUACAAAAGUGUCUUUGCUGAAUUUCAUGAUCACUCCAGAAGGACUUGAAGAUCAAUUACUAGGUAUUGUUGUUGCAAAGGAGAGACCAGAAUUAGAAGAGGAACGAAAUGCCCUUAUUCUUCAGUCUGCAGCGAACAAGAAACAGCUGAAAGAGAUAGAGACAAAAAUUUUGGAAACAUUAUCAUCAUCAGAAGGAAACAUUUUAGAAGAUGAAAGUGCAAUUAAAGUCUUAGACUCUGCCAAAAUGAUGUCCAAUGAGAUAACAAAGAAACAGCAGAUUGCAGAAAAAACAGAACUCAAAAUAGCAGAGUCUCGAGAAGGUUAUAGACCCAUUGCCAAACACUCAUCAGUACUGUUCUUCAGCAUUGCAGACCUGGCUAAUAUUGAUCCCAUGUAUCAGUACUCUCUCAUCUGGUUUGUGAACCUUUAUAUCAACUCAAUUCAUGACAGUAACAAAUCCAAAAUUUUGGAAAAACGUCUACGAUAUUUAAAUGACCACUUCACAUACAACUUAUAUUGUAAUGUAUGCCGAUCACUAUUUGAGAAGGACAAGCUGUUAUUUUCCUUUUUAUUAUGUGCCAAUCUUCUCCUGGCGAGGAAAGAGAUCGAAUACCAGGAACUGAUAUUUCUUUUAACUGGAGGAGUAAGUCUUAAAAGUGCUGAGAAAAAUCCUGAUCCAACUUGGCUACAGGAAAAAAGCUGGGAGGAAAUUUGUCGUGCAAGUGAAUUUCCUGCCUUCAGGGGACUCAGGCAACAUUUUUGUGAACAUAUAUGUGAAUGGCGGGAAAUCUAUGACAGUAAAGAGCCAUAUAAUGUCAAAUUUCCAGCACCAAUGGAUAAGAACCUAAAUGAACUACAGAAAAUAAUAAUUCUUCGGUGCUUAAGACCUGAUAAGAUAACCCCAGCUAUAACAAACUAUGUAACUGACAAACUUGGGAAAAAGUUUGUAGAGCCUCCACCAUUUGAUUUGACAAAGAGUUACUUGGAUUCAAGUUGCACCAUUCCCUUAAUUUUUGUUCUAUCUCCAGGAGCAGAUCCUAUGGCCAGCCUGCUGAAAUUUGCAAAUGAUAAAUCUAUGUCGGGAAAUAAGUUUCAAGCUAUUUCACUGGGACAGGGACAAGGACCAAUUGCGACAAAAAUGAUUAAAGCAGCAAUAGAAGAAGGAACUUGGGUGUGCCUACAGAAUUGUCACCUUGCAGUCUCCUGGAUGCCCAUGUUGGAAAAAAUAUGUGAAGAUUUUACCUCUGAAACCUGUAACUCAUCCUUUAGACUUUGGCUGACGAGCUAUCCAUCUCCGAAAUUUCCAGUAACAAUUCUACAGAAUGGAGUAAAAAUGACUAAUGAACCUCCCACGGGUCUUCGGCUGAAUCUUCUUCAAUCAUAUCUCAGUGAUCCAGUUUCUGAUCCUGACUUUUUCAAGGGAUGCCGUGGAAAGGAAUUGGCCUGGGAGAAGUUGCUGUUUGGAGUUUGUUUUUUUCACGCCCUUGUGCAAGAAAGAAAGAAAUUUGGUCCUCUUGGUUGGAAUAUUCCGUAUGGAUUUAAUGAAUCAGACUUGCGCAUCAGUGUCCGACAACUGCAGUUAUUUAUCAAUGAAUAUGAUGCAGUUCCAUUUGAAGCUAUAUCUUACCUGACUGGGGAGUGUAAUUAUGGAGGAAGAGUGACAGAUGAUUGGGACAGACGUCUCCUAUUAACCAUGCUGGCUGACUUUUAUAAUCUGCACAUAGUUGAAAACCCUCAUUAUAAGUUUUCUCCCAGUGGAAACUAUUCUGCACCUCCUAAAGGCACUUAUGAGGACUACAUUGAAUUCAUUAAGAAACUUCCAUUUACUCAACACCCUGAGAUAUUUGGAUUACAUGAAAAUGUUGACAUCUCCAAGGAUCUUCAACAAACAAAACUGCUCUUCGAGUCCUUGCUUCUCACCCAGGGAGGCUCCAAACAGACAGGAGCCUCAGGAAGUACUGACCAGAUUCUGUUAGAAAUUACCAAAGAUAUCCUCAACAAGCUCCCUAGUGAUUUCGACAUUGAAGCAGCACUGCAGAAGUAUCCUGUGAGAUAUGAAGAGAGCAUGAAUACUGUGUUAGUACAAGAAAUGGAAAGAUUUAACAAUUUAAUUAUAACUAUACGUAACACUCUACGAGACCUUGAAAAAGCUAUUAAGGGUGUGGUUGUGAUGGAUUCUGCAUUGGAGGCGCUCUCCGGCAGCUUGCUUAUUGGAAAGGUUCCAGAAAUAUGGGCCAAACGAUCAUACCCAAGUCUUAAGCCCCUAGGAAGUUACAUCACAGAUUUCCUAGCCCGGUUGAAUUUUUUACAGGACUGGUAUAAUUCAGGAAAACCUUGUGUGUUUUGGCUGUCAGGUUUCUUUUUCACCCAGGCCUUUUUAACUGGAGCUAUGCAGAAUUAUGCCAGAAAAUAUACUACCCCUAUUGAUUUGCUAGGAUACGAAUUUGAGGUUAUCCCAUCUGACACAUCUGACACAUCGCCAGAAGAUGGUGUUUAUAUCCAUGGAUUAUAUCUUGAUGGUGCACGCUGGGACCGAGAAAGUGGACUGCUUGCUGAACAAUAUCCCAAACUUCUGUUUGACCUGAUGCCCAUCAUAUGGAUAAAACCAACUCAAAAAUCUCGGAUUAUAAAGUUGGAUGCCUAUGUUUGUCCCCUCUACAAGACAAGUGAACGUAAAGGAACUCUUUCCACUACGGGACAUUCUACUAACUUUGUCAUUGCAAUGUUGUUAAAAACAGACCAACCUACUCAGCACUGGAUCAAGCGUGGGGUCGCUUUGCUUUGUCAGUUGGAUGACUAAAUUGGACAAAUUUAUAAAACAUCUGAAAGUUAAAAAAAAAAACCCUGUCUUAAAAUAUAUACAUUAUAAAACCAAG